AUGGACCGAGAACCAAGUGCUGACGUCGCUCGGGAUUUGCUAGCGGCGGCGCACUCGCGCUUCGAGGAGCGGCGCUUCGAGAGCGCCGAAAACCUCUACGGCCGCUACAUCCAGCACUGCGCAUGCUCCGGUUUGAGCAAAUGCGGCAGUCGAGAUGUUGCAACUGCGUUUAACAACAGGGGACAGAUCAAGUACCUGAGAGUCGAUUUCUAUGAAGCAAUGGAUGAUUACACAUCAGCCAUAGAAGCCCAGCCUGAUUUUGAAGUACCAUAUUAUAACAGAGGUUUAAUAUUAUAUAGGCUAGGAUACUUCGAUGAAGCCCUGAAGGACUUCAAGAAAGUUCUAGAGCUAAACCCCAACUUUGAAGAUGCUUCUUUGAGUUUGAAGCAAACUAUCAAGGCUAAAGAAGAAAAACAAAAAAGAGGCUAUUAAAAAUAUACUGCUGUUGCUGGAAAUCAUGUUUUC